AUGGAGAAGCUGCCCGAGCAGUUUCGCUUGACUAUUACGAGAGGGCAGAACUUCCUGGAGUGGUCAAUGGAGGAAAUGCUACAAGCCUUUGAGAAAGAGCUCGAACUACGUGAAGCGCACGAUGCGGUGGGAUCGAAGUCGGGUCGAGAGUACGAAAGAAACGAUGGGAGUUCGGCGUCGGCAGCUGGUCUCGCGAAUCCCAGGGGUAUAAGAAGGGAAUUGUUAGGAAUUAAUACGUUCGGUCAAAAAUGCGUAAAAGCCGAGCACAGGGAAGUGGUUGAAUUAAAGCUUGAACCUCUUAACGGAAAUAAGGUUAUCACACUGGAAGCAUUUGUAGUGCCGGAAAUAUGUAGCAUAGGAAAUAGCCAUGUAGAGAUAGCGCGGAGGGAGUAUAAACAUCUGGAAGGUAUAUGGUUUUCAGAUGUUUCUAAGUCAGAAGAUGAGUUAGAAGUAGAUGUUCUGAUAGGGGCAGACUACCUUUGGAGCUUUCAGACAGGGACAACCAAGAGAGGUAAAUCAGGAGAACCUGUUGCUAUAGAAACAGAAUUAGGGUGGGUUUUAUCAGGACCGCUGAGAGUACAAGACAUUGAGAGAGCGGAGCCAGUCCAAGUGAAUUUUGUAGCACAGAGAUUGAGUAGUGAAGACAGUUUGGAGAGUAAUGUGCAAAAAUUAUGGAGUUUUGAAGGGUUAGGCAUUAGUGAGGAAGAUAAGGUACAUGAAGAGUUUUUAGAUGAAAUAUCAUUUACAGGAAGUAGAUAUUCAGUCAAACUGCCCUGGAAGGAGAGCCAUAAGAAGUUGCCUGACAACUAUGCAAAUAGCUUAAGUAGAAUGAAGGGUCAGCUGCGACGACUGAGGAAAGAGCCAGCAUUGUUAGCAGAGUAUGAUUCUAUCAUCAGAGACCAGGUAGAGCGAGGGAUAGUGGAGCCAGUAUCUGCAUUAGAGAAGGUUGAAAGGGUUCAUUAUUUACCACACCAGGCAGUAUUCGCAGGGAGGCACAUAUUAAUACGGUUCAGAGAAAAUAGGAUUGCUUUAGUUGGUGACAUAGAAAAGGCAUUUUUGAAUGUUGAAGUAGAUAAGGCGGAUAGAGAUUGUUUGAGAUUUUUGUGGGUCAAUGAUAUAGAAAGUGAUAAGUUGGAGAUAGUUGUUUAUAGGUUUUGUAGAGUAGUUUUUGGAGUGAAUGCAUCACCAUUUCUACUGAAUGCAACCUUAAGGCAUCAUUUAACAAAGUAUAACGAAAUAGAUGCUGCAUUUGUAAGAAAGUUGCAGGAAAGUUUUUACGUUGACGACCUGGUCAGUGGUGAGAGUACGGUAGAGAAGACCUUUGAACUUUAUGAUAAGGCUAAGACAAGAAUGGCACAAGGGGGUUUUAGAUUAAGGAAGUGGUUGACCAACAGUGAGGUGUUAAGGAGUAAACUAGAGAUUCACGAAAAAGAUCAGGGUUCGUCAGAACAAAGCAUCAAUGAUCAGGAAACAUAUGCUAGGUUAUCUUUGGGAGCAGUAGGGGGUGAGUCAAAGGGCCAUAAGGUUUUAGGGCAGGUGUGGGAUAACCACAAGGACGAACUGAAAUUUGAAAUUUCCAAGGAGGUUUGUAAUAGUAAGACGGGUUGGGACGACAGCUUUAAGGAAGAGCCUUUAAGAAAGUGGGAAAUCUGGUAUAGGGAUUUGAUUGAGACCAAGGAAAUCACUAUUCCUCGAUGCAUAUACCAACAUCCAGCGGAAGAGGUUUUAGGGUGCACAUUACAUGGGUUUGGCGACGCUAGUAAGAAAGCAUAUUGUGCGGUAGUAUAUGUUGUUUAUUAUACAAAUGUAGGAAGUUAUGUCCGCAUGUUAACAUCAAAGGUAAGAGUAGCACCUCUUAAAACAACUAGCAUUCCAAGGUUAGAGUUAAUGUCUGCGAGGCUCUUAGCGCAGUUACUAAAGUCAGUGAAAGAUUCAUUAGAAAACCAGGUUAGUAUAGAUAAUACGAAGUUGUGGCUUGAUAGCAUGACAGCACUCUACUGGAUAAUGAACAACGGUGAGUGGAAACAAUUCGUCCGCCACAGAGUAAAUGAAAUCCUGAAAUUAACAAACAAGGAGGAUUGGGGACAUUGUCCUGGGGUGGAAAAUCCCGCGGAUAUAGGGUCUAGGGGUGUAGUUGCUUCACAAUUGAAGGAUAACAAGCUAUGGUGGGUGGGGCCUGAGUGGCUUAUUAGGUCUAAGGAGGAGUGGCCGAAAUUUGAGGCUGCUGCCAAAACAAGUACGGUCUUAGAAGAAGAACGAAAGUUUCCGUAA